AUGCCCAAGAAAUCGUCACACCAGUCACAUCAGUCCAAGCUGGCAUCAUUAUUUGAUGUCCGACUAACUAACCUCGAUCAUGACGUGUUGGUUUUGAAAGGUAAUGAAACGGAAGCCUCAUCAGCGUUGUUGACAGGAAACAUAGUCUUAUCUUUAAAGGAAUCUAUAAGCGUAAAGAAGAUUUCAUUACGCUUGUAUGGUACAUUGAGGAUGUCUUGGACUGAACAAAUGGGAUCGACCAGAGGGUCCGCACCACGGACUUUUAAGUUCGAGAGACAAAUUUUUGAGCAUUUGUGGGAUAGCAAUGAUUUGACACACCAUAUUCAUGCCUACCGUACGAAUGAAAGCUCGUCAGGAAAUGCGCUGCCUGUUGGUACAUUGAGCAAAACUCAUUCAACAGCGUCAUUAAAGAGCCUUGGCCAUGCAUCAAGAUCCUUGUCCUCCACUAGUCUUACAGGUAAAGCGUCAUCAGCACGAUCAUCUUCAACUAAUUUGGCUGCCUUAAGCUCUCUUAAGGGUGAUCAGGUUUUGACACCUGGAAAUUAUGAGAUUCCGUUCAAUGCGAUUCUUCCAGGAAAUAUGCCAGAAUCCGUAGAUGGACUACCUGGCGGUGCAGUAAUUUACAAGAUGGAGGCAACUAUAGAUAGAGGAAAGUUUCAUAAUAACAUGGUAACAAAAAGACACUUAAGAAUAGUUCGUACAUUAGGCUCAGAUGCUGUCGAAUUGUCGGAAACAGUAGCCGUUGAUAACACAUGGCCCAAAAAAGUCGAAUACUCUAUAAAUGUUCCAUCGAAGGCUAUAGCGAUAGGAUCCGGUACGCCAAUCAGUUUCAUGUUGGUGCCAUUGAUGAAAGGUUUGAAAUUGGGUGAGAUAAAGCUUCAAUUAGUAGAGUUUUUUUCUUUUGCUGGAAAUUACCCGGGAACUCACAAUGAUUUACGUACCGUCGUCGAAAAGAAAAUCAAGCGUCCAGAUGAGAAUGAUGAAAGAUUUCAGAUGGACAGGUGGGAAAUAGAUGCUUUCUUGAAGGUUCCUGCAACUUUAUCUAAGUGCACGCAAGACUGCGAGGUACCAAACCACUUAAAAGUUAGACAUAAAAUUAAAGUAGUUAUUGGUUUGGUAAACCCUGAUGGACAUGUAUCCGAAUUAAGAGCUUCGUUGCCUGUUCAAUUGUUUAUUUCGCCGUUUGUCAGAAUUAUUGCUAAGCAGGAAAGCUCUACAUCGCUUGACAAAGAUGCGAAAGAUGUAAAUGAGAGAGAAGAGGUAUUAUUUGCCAAUGAUACAAGCGAGGGCCAAACUCCUAAUGUGCCAAAUACUGACUCCUAUACAUCAUUGACAGGAAUAGUGGCACCUCCGGUCUACGAAAGACAUAUUUUCGAUAGACUUUGGAAUGACGUCUCACCUGCAGAGUCACCUAUAGGAUCAGGGUCUUCUACGCCAAGACAUUAUGGAAAUGAUGUUCAAGAUCAAAUGUCACUCUCGCCACUAGAUAGCAUGCAACUAGUUGAAAACCUUAGACAGUUAUGCGUUCAACGAGGAGAGCAUGGAGAACAAUCAGGAAACAUGACUCCAACAAUGACACCAUCUUCAGUUGGGUCAAGGGGGAGACCAACUUUCAAUAUUGAUGGAGACACACAUAACGAAAGUGAUUACUUUAGUCGUCCUGCAGCUUCAAGUCGUCCACUCUCUCCAAGUGUUGCAUCGCCCCCAGUACACAUGUCGCGCGUCAACUCAAGCAGCAGCUUGUUUGAUCCAACCAGCUUAUCAAGGGUCCCAUCUUAUAGCCAAGCGAUUUCAAGUGCACCACUGGAGGAAUCUCUUGCUCCGGUGUAUGAACCUCCUCGUCCUGGCUCAAAAAUAAACUUGAAUGAAGUUAAUAAAAGGUUCGAAGAACUGUCUCUGAAUGAUGCAUCUGAUUCUCCCCAAACUGAAGGAAAGCUAUCGAAGGGCCAUAGUUCAGCUAAUUUGGCGAAUUUGUCUAGAAAUACAUCCUCUCUUUCGCCUACUCCUCCACGAAGCGAAUCGAACGUGAAUUUGACACCGUUACCCCCUAGUAUGACCAGAGGGUCGUCCAAAUGGAGCAUACCUUCCGUUGGCAGUAAUUCAUCGCGCGGCCACGAAAGCACACAUGAUUUGUUGGAUGGCAAGGCUCAAGGUGACUUUGAUCAUUCGACACUGAGCAAUUCUCCAGCUCUAGGGACUAGCCCAGGAAUGAGCAAGUCUCCGGAGCCCCAUCCUCAUGCUUUUUUUAAAAGAAUAAAUUCUAGUUCUAGUGUUACAAAGCCCUCAAGCAGUGCAUCAAACAGAAGUGCUGCUAUAAAUGCUCCUCUCAGGUCGUCUUCAAGUUUGAGCUUGCAUAAUUUACAAUUCUUGAAUAAGAAAAAGGAUAAAAAAUAA